AACGACUUGGGACUUCAACAUUUAACCAACUAAACUACCAAUAAGCACUUACCACACUACCGAUAUCAACCAUUAAGCCACCAAUAUGAUAUGAGACCAACUUCACAAUAUCAGUAUUCCAACAUUCGCUGAAUAAGCUCAAAUUCAGCGUAUUCAACGUAUAAAGCCAAUAUAACCAUGCACGCCUGUGUACCAUUUGUAAAAGUUACCCAGCGUCCACCAUCCACCGACCAAUAUAUCCCAGCGCGCUAAUCGCGGUCAUUCCGCAUUCACUCGCUAGUCGCUAGCAUCGCAUCGCAGUUCAAAACUUUGCACGCUCAGUUCGAAUUUGGCGCGCAGCCGGUACCGGUCAGAGUCGUGCGCGCUUAGCCAAAAGGACUUAUAUCGAAACGAACGAAGUGAGGGAGCAAAAAGUUUUUGUUUGUUGUGUUUAUUUGUUGUAUUUAUGGAAGUCAACGAACUGGUUUUAGUUAUAAUGAAAGACUUUAUGUGCAAGUUUUAGUGAGAUUUAUAUGAAAAACAUAGCAAUUAAGUGCCAGCGGAUACAUACAUGGUAACUACGGCGGCGCGUACGCUUACGGCAGAAUUGUAGUACAUCGUACUAUAAACAAGUUUAACCGUAGUAUUUAUUAUGGAUGGCGAAAAGAAAAUCAACAUGAGUGAGGGUGUUCCCUUGAACUCGACAGGUGCGGCUAAUAUAUUUCUGAAUACUGGUAAAAAUACCAAAUUAAAUUCACCCGAUGGGACUGUCAUUCAUCUCAAUACAGAGAAACCGUCGGACCUCGGCGUGCAUAUAAAUACAACGUUCUCAAUAGCGUCUUCCAAGAAAAUUAAGCUUUUGUUCGUGUUGAAUUUUUUGUUGAGUGUUAUAUGUAUGGUAAUAAGUUGUUCUAUAGCGUUCUAUUACUGGAACGAAAUGAUAUCAAUGAGGAGACAGUUGGACAUGAUUAAAGACCACUUUAUUAUGCAAAACUUGAACCAAGAUAGAGUUAUGCAGAGUGCCCUCGUAGCGCGCCCAAGGCCGCCGGGUCUCGUCGAGACUCGGGAACCAAGAACACGGUCCUUCGAGGAUGAAGAAGUCCCUCAGAAAGCUAGAAAAUUCUACGUCGAAGACCUUGGGGAAGACAUGUUGCUGGUAGACUCGAAGAAAAAAAAUGCUAGCAAAGACAAUUCUCCUGUUUAUGAUUUAACAGUGCUGCAAAGAGAAUUAGUGGUGGCUCAGUUUAAUGGUGCAGUCAGAGAAUUUAAUUUGGGGACACAAUCGAUAAUGGGUCCUUGGGUGCGCGAUGAGGAGGUGUCCUCGAAGAACAGUGAGGACAAGAUUGAGCUGACCAGCAACUACGUCACCAUCAAGGAAGGUGGUCUCUACCUGGUAUAUGCACAGGUUGUCUACCUAACCCAGUCUCCAAACUGCUACUUCAUAUGGGCGCGACAAGCUGGCAAGGAGCCUCGUCUGCUCACCACGUGCGCGACCGGCGACGACGCCAGCAAGCGACCACUGAACAAAUCCCAAAUGUCCUGCUCAGUGCAGACAGUAGCAAGACUUUACAAAGGAGACAUCGUGAACAUCGCGCAGAGAGAACCCAACAGAACGGUGUGGCUCAGACCAGGGUACAGUUACUUCGGCUUCGUGAAACUUAGUUCCUAAUAGGCUGUGAAUUAGUUAAGUUUAUAAAACGGUGUGACGCCCCGCACUGUGAGUCAAGCGCGGUGAAAACCGAGACAGUGUGGUCAAUGAUAUACGAAAAUAAGGUCAGUCGUUAUAAGACCGUAUUUUGUUAUUUGUUUCCUGGAAUAUAGCAAGCAAAAACAAUUUUACGAUAAUCGUACAUUUCCUGUAAUUCAAGAAUUUGUAGUUAUAGGUUUAAAAGCGAAACAAAGGUCUCUAGAUCGAGUGCGGACCAAUAACUGUCUGUUUAGUAACUGUUAGCAUGGCUAUCACGUACGGUGCGGGGCCGGCGACAACACUGCCAGUGAGAGGAUUGGUGCUACAAUGUGAUAGGGUCCUUAUUACACAAGUAACAAGGGGAUGGUAGGCUUACGAAACAAAAGUUUCAAUAUUUAGGUGAUCGCGCGUGCCAUAUGUACAUAAUGAAUUGAUUACGGACACAUCACAUAAAUGUGUAUUCUGUACAUUCAUAAUAUUGAUGUAUAAUCCCGAGUCGAAUUUCUUCAUUCAAUUCAGUACGGGUUCGAUUACGUAUAUAUACCAAUUACCAGUGUUUUUGAUCUCCUAAUUGGUAAGAAUUAUCCCACAUUUUGUACCAAAUUAUUGUGUUAAAAAUGACAAAUGUUUAUUUCUCGGUUAUAAUGACAGUGUAUCUAUAAGAUGUUGUACAUAUUAAUGAUAAGUUGGAUAAAUAUUGUAGUGAUGUAAACUACUUAAAACGAUUGCUCAAGAGCACUUUUUGCAUUGACUCAUAUUUUUAUGUGUACAUGUAAUUAUACAAUUUAGAUAAGGUUUCUAUGCAAUAUUAAUACUACACGAUAUGAGUACUAAGUUAGUGUAUUCUUCUUACCAUUAUUUAGUAUUUUUAAGAAGUUUUGGACUUGAAUGUUUUUUUAGUUAUUUCGUUUUGUUCUGCCAAUAUCACUUGUUAUCAUAGUGACCAAAUUAACAGAUAAUUUGGCCAUUUAAUGCAAGAUGUGUUACUGCCAUAGUGUUUAUAGCAAUAUUCUGUCAGUUCAGUUUUUUGUAUUUUCUCAUAAACAGUAAAAAUCGAGUCCCUGUAAAAAUUCAAAUGGUGCAAAUUAUUUUCGAGUGUGUUCACAUUCAUAAUAUAUUAAAAAGUUAGCCGGGAUAUAAUGCAGGGCGGUGUUGUUAUUAGCAUAGACAACAAAGAAUAUGCAGUCACCAUAUUUUAAUGAAACCUCUUUGUUUGUUAAUGUCAAUUGGCACCACUUGCAAACUGUUUAGUAAAGCACACUGCUAUAUAAUUAUAUUAUUUAUACCAUGUUAGUACAUAAUUAAUAUUGCUGCUAUUUAUUACAAUAUUGAACUAGUUUCAAUACCUGUAUUCAUACACUUACAACCAUUUCUUCAAAAAAAAAAAUUAAGAGAAAGGUAGGACAAAAACUAUAAAUAAAAGUAAUCAUAACAUUGUCCGAUUACCAUAGUUGUCAGUCAGUCAACUAAAUUUUCAGUGUAGAAAAUUACAUGAAAACUAGUCUGAUUAGAGUAAAAAUUGUCUUCCAUUGCUCUAAGCUCUAAACUGCCGAUUAAAAUAGAUAAUAAGAAUUUACAAGUGUGUGUCAAUUACUGACUAAAUAUAGAAAAUUGAGAUUUUGAUUUUGUCAAAUAGUUAAUAAGGGUGCAACAAUAGUAGACUAGUUAAGUAGUACUCACACAUUUGCAAUACGUGCCACAACAAUGACACCAACUAAAUAUCAUUAUUAAAACAAAACACGAUUAGUUACAUUGCGUAGUUAUUUAGUCAUAAGUCCUUUUUAUUGAAAAAUGUGAUAUCUUUAGUAAUAAAAUUUAUUUUGUACGAUUCUUGGAAAUUUGAUUGUACAGUUAUUAAUGUCUACUUAAAGUUAUUUGAAAUACUAUGUGUAUUUCUGUAUGUUUAUAAUAAUAUUUUUUGGAGUUAACUCCCGUCCACAAUAAAUGUGCCUUACAAAUGAAA